GGAGAAGAGAGAGGUGUCUUGAAUCAUAAUGGCACAGGUUUGCACGGCGCUCUGGGCUCUUCUGCUCUGCACACAGGCCGCGUUGGGCUUCACAGGACAACAGGAGAGCACCUGCGAGGCCAACGGCAGCAUUUACUACGUGGGAGAGUGGUAUUUCCUGGACUCCGAUCACUGCACCCAGUGCGAGUGCACCAGUGGGGGCUCCGUGUGCGCCCGCACCGAAUGCACGUCCCUGCCGGCCGCCUGCAUCCAUGUGAGUCACUACCCCACCGACUGCUGCCCCAGGUGCGAGAAGAUCGGCUGUGAGUACCGGGGGGUGGUGUACGAGCUCGGAGAAAAUUUCCAGCCAUCUGAAUGUGAGCAGUGCACCUGUGACAGUGACGGCAUCGCCCGCUGCCUCGUGGCAGACUGUGCCCCUCCACCCUGUGUCAAUCCUGUGUACCAGCCUGGGAAAUGCUGCCCGGAAUGCAAGGAGGGUCCCAACUGUUAUACUGAUGCAUCCCGCAGUCAAGUGAUAGCUGCAGGAGAGCCUGUGUGGGUGGACUCCUGCACCAAGUGUCGCUGUCAUGACGGCCAGGACGCCGGCUACUGGGAGGGAAAUCGCCUUGCCACUUGUUCCCGCCUCAAAAACUGCACACCUCAGCAGCCGCCCACCCCAGUUCAGUGAUUCUUCACGCAACCACCAUAUAUUUUAAAAUAUGUGAGCUUCACAUUUUAUCCUUAGGCAUUUUAUUACUGAAGAUGUUAUACAUCCACUCAAGAAAGGAGAAUCUGUAAACGCGAUAGGGGUAACUCACCAACACUUGAAUGUAACACAAAAAAGAAAAGUCAAUAAAACUCGGAACCAUGUAAGAAAUGGUGCAACUUUAUCCCACAACUCUGUUCACUGACGUAGAAACUUUAUCUCAAAACACGGGGAUUAAAAAUUGUACUUUGUACUCCUACUUUUUUAAUCUAGCUCCAUUUAUUUUAUAUUUUUGCAUCUUAAAAAAUGUUGCUUAGAUGUUGAGAAUGUUUUUAAGGAGAAACAGGAAAAAGAGUGAGAGAUUUAGGAUCUCUUAGUCCCGAAAUACCCAGAAAAUGAUAGAUAGAUUUAAGUGUUAGCAUAAAAAACUGAUAAAUAAGACAACUAGUGACAGACUUGUCACAAGCUGAUGCAGUUUUACACUUCAUGCACAACUGUGAUGAACAGUAAAUAGGAAAUAAUUAAUGAGAAUGUAACAUUAGAUAAGAUUUGUUGGCAUGUUAUUUUAAUGCUGUUUUUAAAUGUAUGCUGCUUGUGCACGCACACGGUGUAGCAAGGUAGUAUUGAUUCUUCAGUGCUAAGAUACAGCAAAUAUGCAGUUUUCAGUGACUUGUCAGAAUCAAAGUCUUUAGUUUAUUUUAACAUAAGGAUGUAUUGUUUAAAAUUUUGCAAGACUUACUCCAGGAACUUGUUACCUUAAUUAUAAUGUAUAUAUGACAGAAAACCAAACAUGCUCUUAGCUUUUUAGCUAAGUUAAUCUAAUAAAAAAAAAGUAAAGUUUGAAACCUAUUCCAUUAUUGUUAAAUAAUAGUGAACUUUACUUUAACUUUACUCAACUAAGUAAAUGUUUUUUUUCACUGUAUUGUCAAGAAUAUAAUUGGAACAAACAAUGAUUGAAAUUUGUAUGAACCCUGCUUCUAGCACUGGGAUCAGUAGUCUGUUUCCUGAUGCAACUUUUUUCUCACAUCACAACCUCAGUACAUUGGUUUUACACUGUAAGUCAAAAUAAAUUAUUAGGUUUUUUUUUUCAUUUUAGAGUUUUUUCUUUAGCUUCUAUUUAAUUGUAUUACUUUUCUUUGUGAAAACCUUUCAUUAAGAAGCCUACUCUUGUAAGACACUUUUGUUACUGCCCUAAAUGCUUUUUGUUGUUUGUGCUGUUAUGACCACAAACAGUGUAUUUUGCUGGGAUUUCUUUAAAGACGAAUAAAUAAAAGUAGUGCAUAGUUGUGCAAUUGAAAGUAGGUAAAAAACACAAAUACGUCAUGGAUUUAUAUUCAGCCCUACUGAGUCAAAACUUUGUAUAACCAACUGAUCAGCUACAGAAUGACUGUACAGCAACAUAUAAUAAAGCAAACUCUAUUAUUAUUAUACAAAAAAAUAAAAUAAAAAUUAUUCCUGUUCACUUCAGCCCAGAUGUAAAAACUAGCAUUACUUUAAAGAAUCAGGAAGCACACCAACAUACAAUCUUUACCAUCAGAUUUAUUAAUUGUAUAGAAAAAGUAGGUUUGAUAUGACAUAAUGCAUUCUAUAUAAGAUAUAACAUUUUCAACAUUCAACGUACAAAAAAGCCAUAGGUACAGUAAAGUUUUAAAAACGCCUCCAGGCCUGAAGAUCUUGUUGGCUGUUAGCAGUUGAAGAGCAAAAAGUGCAUCUGAAGAUGGAUUCAAACACUUUAACCACCAGAGGUGUGAUACAGCUGUUUGAUUCUCAAGCAGAGGCCACAAAUACAUUUUUUGCUAAAUACGUUGGUUACUGAUCUUGGUGAAGCAUGGUACAGUUUAUACACACUGGGGCCUUCUUUCCAGCUACAGUUGAAUCCAGAAGUUUACAUACACAAAAUAAAAAGACAAAUACACUUUUUUUUUCUCACCAUCUGAAGUUAAUUCAGAUCAAACUCCUGUUGUUUUUGUUCAAUUAGAAUUACCAAUUACAACUCAUUUGUGCCCUAGCUUCAACUUCCUGGCUGUUGUCUUGAAAUGUUUGUGAAUAUUUUCACGUAAUGUUUGUUUCCCGUGAUGGCAUUGAUUUUACAUUGAUUUUAUGAAGUGCAGCAGUUCCUCCUGCACCAAAACAGCCCCACAGCAUCAUGCUGCCACCCCCAUACCUCACAUGUGGGGGUGAGGUAUACCUCACAUCUUUCCUCCAGAUUUAACGAUUGUCAUUAUGGUCAAACAGUUUAGUUCUAUGACAUUUUUCCAUCAAAUCAAGGUUCCUGCCAACAUUUGUAAAUUUCAAUCUGUUUUUUUUAUGUUUCUCUUGGAAUAAAGCUUGUAAUUUUACUGCUCUUCCUACA